AUGUCGGCUGUGGUCCUGGAGAGCGGGCGCCUGAGCAGGAAGCUCUCGGACUUCGGUCAGGAAACAAGCUAUAUUGAAGACAACUCCAAUCAGAAUGGUGCCAUAUCACUGAUUUUCUCACUCAAAGAAGAAGUUGGUGCAUUGGCCAAAGUCUUACGCUUAUUUGAGGAGAAUGACAUAAACCUGACCCACAUUGAGUCCAGACCCUCGCGUUUAAAGAAGGAUGAAUAUGAAAUCUUCACCAGUCUGGAUAAGAGCAGCAUGCCCACCCUGGCCAACAUCAUUAAGAUCUUGAAGUACGAGGUCGGUGCCACCGUGCAUGAGCUCUCCCGGGAGAAGAAGAAAGACGCAGUGCCCUGGUUCCCAAGGACCAUUCAAGAUCUGGACAGAUUUGCCAACCAGAUCCUCAGCUAUGGAGCGGAGCUGGAUGCAGACCACCCCGGUUUUAAAGACCCCGUGUACCGUGCAAGACGCAAGUACUUUGCUGACAUAGCCUACAACUACCGCCAUGGGCAGCCCAUCCCGCGAGUGGAGUACACAGAGGAAGAAAAGAAGACCUGGGGCACGGUGUUCAGGACUCUGAAGUCCUUGUAUAAAACCCACGCUUGCUACGAGCACAACCACAUCUUCCCGCUUCUGGAGAAGUACUGUGGCUUCCGCGAGGACAACAUUCCCCAGCUGGAGGAGGUCUCCCAGUUCCUGCAGAGCUGCACCGGUUUCCGCCUCCGGCCCGUGGCCGGCCUGCUCUCCUCUCGGGACUUCCUGGGCGGCCUGGCCUUCCGAGUCUUCCACUGCACCCAGUACAUCCGACACGGGUCCAAGCCCAUGUACACACCCGAACCUGACAUCUGCCAUGAGCUGUUGGGACACGUGCCCUUGUUUUCAGAUCGCAGCUUUGCCCAGUUUUCCCAGGAAAUUGGCCUCGCCUCUUUGGGUGCACCUGAUGAGUAUAUUGAGAAACUCGCCACGAUCUACUGGUUUACUGUGGAGUUCGGGCUCUGCAAGCAAGGGGACUCCAUAAAGGCAUAUGGCGCUGGGCUCCUGUCGUCCUUCGGCGAAUUACAGUACUGCUUGUCGGACAAGCCGAUGCUCCUGCCCCUGGACCUGGAGAAGACAGCCAUCCAGGAGUACACGAUCACGGAGUUCCAGCCCCUGUACUAUGUGGCUGAGAGUUUUAACGAUGCCAAGGAGAAAGUGAGGAACUUUGCUGCUACGAUCCCACGGCCCUUCUCAGUUCGCUAUGACCCAUACACCCAAAGGAUCGAGGUCCUGGACAGCACCCAGCAACUUACGAUUUUGGCAGAUUCCAUCAACAGUGAAGUUGGAAUCCUUUGCAGUGCCCUCCAGAAAAUAAAGUGAAGCCCUGGACAGAACCGGGUCUGUCAACUGAGAAUCUGUUGAUGGAAAUCCAACUACUUCUUUUAUUUUAUCUGAGAAAAGUCUGAAAAUCAAACCUUAAUUUGAAAUGACAGCCUUAAAUCAUUUUUUGAACAAGAAGGGAGAUCAACAAAUAAAUCUAAAUAAUCUUAAGUGACAGCAUACUAAUAUGUGCCCAGGAGCAUGAUGGUGGAUCUUUGGGGGUCAUCUUUGAUUUAGAGGUGAUAAUCACAUACUCUCAAUUGCGUUAAAAUGAAUGUCACAUUUCAUCAAAGUUAAUCAACUUGUAACCUGCUUCGUUCAAGCUUCAUAUUUACCAUAGAGAAUGCCGAAAAGAGUAUGUAUCGCUCAAUGUAAAACGCAAGCCUGGGGUUAGAAUUGAAUUUUUGGAUUUAAUAUCAGUCUUAGCCUACAAAGGCCAUUUUCUGUUUCAGUAAACUAUGAUUCUAACUGCUUUGUUGUGUUCCCUAUGAAGAUUUUCUUUAAUUCAGGACCUUAUUGAAAUAAUUGUAACCAUUAAAGUUCAUGGUAUAAUAUCAA